AUGGGGAGCGAUAGUAGCAGUCCCGCCGACGAGACGUCGAACCCCAACAUCACCAACGACACCAAUGAUGGUUCACGUUGCCCACACUCAGACCGCAAGGCCCUGCCUGCGUGCUGGGACUGCGCCGAGGAGGGCGACAUCGGGCGGGGGGCGCCAGCGGCCUCGCCCACGUGGGAGAGCUUCAAGAAGUUCAGGAAGAGUCUCAGGUUCCGAGACAAGCACCCGCACUCGGCGAGCUCGAGCAUGACCAGUACCGUCAUCGGCAGCCAGUCGUCCGCGCCGGAGGUGCACCCGCCCGAGGAGGGCAUCGAAGUCGGAAGUCCCGAUAUCCGGAAGUCUCAGCCAGGCCUCAUUGUGGUCUCGGGACCGCGGAUCGUCAGUUUGUCAGAUAAAUUUCGCACGGGCAAGAGCUGGGAUAGGGAGAUGAAUCAGAAGAUUGCGGUAGGCGACGGCACGCCGACGAUUUGGGGGUUGAGAAGGAGGACCUUCUGGGUGGUGCUGGCUUGUGUGCUGCUGGUCUUUGUGGGCGUCGUCAUUGGGGUUGCUGUUGGGUUGACGAAACGUAAUCAUGCUGUACAUUCGACGCCAGUGACAAUGUCUCAGGGUGGUGGUAACCAAGUAAGCAGCAGUUCCCUCCUGUUGCCCUCGCUCACGACCGAAACCGUAUCCGCAUUCAAGACGAGCGAGCUCCCACUUCUUGCUUCUUCGGAAUUAGUUACCAUCGCCACUUCUUUACAACCGGUCACGACACCAAGCUUGCCGUCUGAAACCUCGACUCCUACGGUGGAAGCGAAGACCGAGCCCACUCCCCCUGUUAUUGUCACCAAACCCACACCAACGACUGCUGACCCAACUCCGUCCCAGCCCACAGCCGCUGCCCCCCCUACAACUACCACCGCCACCUCUACACCCACCACCGAGCCCACAUCAGGCGGCUCCUCCAAGCCCAAGUGCCUCGCCGACGACGGCAGCACCUACACCGACCCCAAAACAGGUGAUCAAUUCAAAGUCGAGUGCAACGUUGCGCACCAGGGCGCAGACAUCGAGAACCUCGAGGCGCAGACCAUGCAGGAGUGCGUAUCGCUGUGCGCGAACAACGAGCAGUGCAACGGCGCAAUCUGGUAUGAUGUCGGGCCGCAGGGGACGGAUCUGAAUUAUUGCUGGUUGAAGAGCGCUAUGAAGGAUGAUUUGCGGUAUACUACUGAUGCACAGAGUGUGGUGCGGAUAUGA